AUGCAACACACCAAGAGGAAAAGGCACGCCGACAAAAUCUCAGAUGAACGCAUUCAAGAUGGUUUCAUGAUGGGAGCUAAGAAACGCAGAGUCGAGGGCGAUUCGGGGAAAUCGUCUUGUCGGGCACCCAAAGACCAACACUCCAACACGGAUCUUUUUUUUUACUCGAACAUGAAGCUGUCUGUGUGGGAGAAGCUACAACUGGGCAUAGCAAUCGGGGUAUCUCGAGAGAACAGGAAGGGAGAUGCGAUUUACUCAUCCUUCGUGGAGACCAUCUCCCAUCCCGGCUUUGGGUCUUAUAGGAGAAGCCCCUCCAAGCCAUUCGAGUCCCUUUCCGACGCCCAAGAGGCGAUAGGCGAUCAAUUUGGGUUUACCCAUUUUGAGGGUCCUCCAACACCCGUCGAAGGCGACGAGCCACACAUCGCAAGCCAAAGACUCCAAGCCGUGACAGGCGCUCGCAAUCCCCGCCGGUUCAUGCCUUUCUGGGACGAUAUGAAGUAUUCCUACAAUGGCCUGAUAGCUGAAGAGCCCAGGGCUGUAGGCGAUGACUUUAGGCUAACGGAUGUGCGCCGUCAACUCGAGUUAGCCUGCCGCACGAAUGGAUAUCGUAAACUGGAGGUUGAAUCUCUCGCUUUCAGUAGAAAUGGCUGCGAACUCUGCAAGGAGAUGCUCCAACUGAGUCCGUCUGAGCAGACGUGGGAGCAAAUGGAGCUUGGUGACUUGGUGAUUGAUGACGAGGUGGGCACAAUUACGCUGUAUGAGGCCGACGUGACUUCCAUUUCAGGAGCUACACGGACAUGGACAUGGUUCAGGAUUGAAAAGCCGCUGGCUGUAGGAGAUGGCCGAUUUCCCUCAGAAAUUCGAAACCUACCAAAUUCAUGGGUGAUCAUCGCCAUGCCUAAGCGGCAAGUCAUGCAACUGAGUGCCAGUUACUCAAAUUCAACGCAGCAGCUCACUAUGUCGCUUCAGCUAACGAAAGAUGGUGUCCCGAGCAUGAUCUGCAGUGAUGCGCCCAAGGUGGUCGCCUCGAAUCUCACUGGUCCCAAGAAUUUCCUUGGGGUGUCGAAAAUGCCGGGCAUUCGCAGAAAUAGGCGACAGCGGUGGUGGAAGCAGUUUCGGAAUCUCGCGACCCUCGAUGCGCUGUCUUGGGAAGCGGUGCAGGCGGACAUGGAGCGAUUCGAAUGCCUAGUCGAAGUGGUUUCCAAACCCGGCGCUGACUUUGUGGAAGUUGGGCCUGCUGAGAAAAAGGCAGGUAAAAGAUAA